CCGGCCUUUUCAGUGCCUGUCCAACUCGUUGGGGUCGGGGUCGGUCCGAAUCAGACCAAUGCGUCCACGCAAAACAUGACCGGGGUCUGGUCACCAGCCACGUCUUACCAUAGCACUGCCCCGACGACGUCAAGCACUACGACGAUGACGUGGCAACCGAGCGUGUCCGGCGUGCGAACUCCGCCGACGUCCACAGUGUCGCCUUUCGCCAUGAAAGUACGGCUGCCGACGGCGGCUAAUGCCGGUGGCGGCGGUGGUGGUGCAGGUGGAACCGUGAGCCCUGCACUCAUGAGCGGCGGCCAGGUGACAGCCUCGGUGUCCAAGUGCAUGUCCGGCACCACGACAUCCACCACCACCACGACGAAUCCGUCCACCAUCAGCGGCACCACCAUGAACAAACUCCCGUUGCCCCCGGUGACGUCACACGCUUACACGUCUACUAUUUCACGGCCGUCUUCCGUGCCUGGGAUCGGAUCCAGUGUUGGCACUUCCCCGAGACGCAUUAUUUAUCACGAUGAUUCGUCCAUCAAGGAUACAGAAUACCUGAUGCGAUGCGCAUUUACGACUUCCGGCGUAGAAGUGAAAUGCAUCCCAUUAUCUUUCCUUUGUUCAUAUUUGCGAAACCCUGAGACUGUUUUUGCACGAGGUAGACUGGAGUCGAGUGAUCGUCCAUUGUCACGAGAGAAGCACACGAUAAAUUUCCAGUUGCAACAGGGUAAAAGGAAAGAAUUGACUCGCGUGUCACGUGGUGAGGAAAGCUCGUGGCGCCAAUGCGACGCUGGUGCUUUUCAAAAGCGUCGUUGUGAGGAUGGGGAAAUGCGUGCGAGGCAAACGAAGGAAAGGAACCGGAGAUACAAGAUAACAGAACUGGGAGUACGAGAAGUACUGGGAUUUAACUACGGUAUCGUAUUGCCG